CGUAUGUCUUCCCUCCCCCUACAUUUCAAUAUCACCCUCACUAACAAUCAACAGUUCAAAGAAUCACUUUAGAGUAGACGUCCCACCUCUGAGCUCUUUAAAAGAGCCACAGAAUCUCCACCCUUGCUGAUGACUUUAUGUCCUCAACGCCCUAAAGUGAAGCCGUUUUACUCCCGAUUCGACCUUGUUUAUCACACAUUUCGACACAACGCUGCCUCGGCGGUGCUUGGUCGGGUGCUGUCGAUUUGCUCUGGUCCAGGGAGUGGUGAUGAUCUUGACCUUUUCUUGACGUCAGGCUUCGGUCGGUCGGUUGAGGUGGGUGUUGAGGAGGUCUGAAAGGUCUUACUAGCUUAGAUUAUGAUGAAUAUGAUUUACAUGAAAACAAUUACUAUUUUUACUUUGA